AUGGUAGGGGCCUGCCUGGAGGGAGAAUCGGUGGUGAACCAUUCUUAUGGGUCAUUGUGUGCUGAAGAGGAGGGAAGCGAUGCCUUUGGUCCUGGUGGUGACGAAUGUGGUGACGAAUUUGAGGAUGGAGGAUUAGAGGUGGAGUCAGAGUCACAUGAGUAUUUCGGGGACAACUUCUAUGACAACUGGGAAGAGAGAGCCGUCGACGGUAUUAUAGAGCUGGGAUGUAUUAAUCUUAAAGAAAUAACUGCAAGUGAGAUUAUGAUGUGUCAUUUUCUAGAUCGAUCAGUUGCAUUCUUGUUUCACAGUUUGUACGCGAAAAUGAAUGGUUUUGCUGGGUUCAGAGAUAUGGGGUCCGUUAACAACAGUCUGCGACGAAAACUUGAGCCAAAGGCGAAGACUAGAUGCGGUUGUGAGGCAGAAAUGGGAGUUCACUUGCACUUAAAAAGUGGUAGAUGGAUAAUAGGCAAGAAACGGAGGCUCAUAGGUGGGGAUGCGAUGUCUUGCCUUAAGUUCUUAGAAUCAAUGGUGCAGGAGAAUCCAGGAAUGUAUGUGCAUUAUUUGGUGGACAAGGAUGGUUGUCUGGUACACCUAUUUGGGUCGAAUAAUUGUAGUAAGUUGGAUUAUCAUUUGUUUGGGGAUGUCGUAGCAUUUGAUGUGACAUAUCAGAAGAAUAAGUAUAUGUGUCGACUGGUUGUAUUCUCCGAAAUCAAUUACCAUAACCAAACCAUUGUGUUUGCUACUGCGCUAGUGGCAAAUGAGAAUGAACAGACUUACACCUGGUUGCUUCAAUAG